AUGGGGAAUACUGAAAAUGGGGGCACUUUUGGCAGUGUUAAUGGUAAUGAUACCAGGGAUAAAGGGAGUGGUGAUACCAAAACCCACACUGAUGAUAUGGGGAAUAACUGCGGUGAUGAUAAACGGGAUAUUGAGGGCCACGGUGGUAACAAUUUUGCAACAGCUUCAACAGAUGCCAUCAGCUAUUUCAGCAACGUACAGAAACUGUACAGCCUUUUUUCAGCAUCACCACAAAGAUGGGCAAUCCUAAGGGAACAUGUCACUGUUGCACCCAAGACUUGGAGUAACACAAGGUGGGAGAGCCGUUCUAACAGCAUAGAGGCUCUGCGGUACCAGGCCUCUAAUAUAAGGGAAGCUUUGCUGAAGAUCAGGGAAGUGAUGGAUCGUCUGACCAAGGUUGAAGCCCAAAGUUUGGCAGAAGAGAAGAACUGGCUUUGCUUCAGCUCAGACAUGUGUGAGGAAAGGAAUGUAGAGGUUGCACUCAAAGAGGUCAAAGAGAAAAGAUUAAGAAGCAAAAAAAAGUACUUUGCUCAUGAAGCCCAAGAUGAGCCGAUUGCAGAUGCCAUGAAGAGGCUAAAAGCAACAUUCUUUAAUGUUGUUGUUGACAAAGCCAUUGACUCCUUAACUGAUAGGUUUGGAACACUGCGUGAAGUGAGAGAGAGCUUUGGAGUGCUGCUCAGUUUCCAAAAAGUGGAUGAUUAG